AUGGGAUUGUCCAGUUAUUUCAAGGCGAAGAGGCCCGAGGAGAAGAAGGGAUCCUCCGAGGCCACCGUCCAGGCAACGCAGAUCGAAAAGGCCAAUGUCAAUGCCAAUGCAGCACUGAACCCUCUCGAUGGACUCGACUUGCAAGUUCCGACGCCGCAAUUUGGCUCGUCGAGGAAUUCCAUCUCGGGACGCUCGCAAACCAGCUCCGUGUUCAUGGACGACAUCAAGCACGAGGUCAUGGUCAACUACCUCUACCAGCAACAGUGCUCCCACCUCUGGGUCAGUGAUGGCAGUGGCGAGGUCGAAGGUGUGCUCUUGCGAAAGGUGAAAGGCCAAUACAUGGCCUGUCCGCCACAGCUCGCCGAUUCGCCCUUUGCCAUGGCAGCUACUGCCCUCAACCUUCCGUGCACCAUGACGGUCAAUUCUAGAGUCAUCAAGACGUUCUUGUCCUGGUCACCAGAUGCCGUAGAUGUGCCAUUGAUGAAUGGCCUCAGAAUCCAGAUUCUGCCUACCAUGGAGGAUCUUCCCAGAGCAAGGAAGCACCAGUUUGCUGCCUUUGUCGCCUCCGAGGCGCUGCUUGUUGUUUGGGAUGACGAUGCGCUUCACUUGGUACAGCGUGCCAAGGCCAUUGAGUCGGAGCUAAUGGAGCUCGUCUGGGCAGCUGGUGACGAGGGAGAGGAUGACGAGAAGAGGGCCCACCCUGGUGUCAGCGAGUAUGAGAUCGACGAGGAGAGCGGCGAGAUCAAGCCUGAAUCACGGCCAGUUCACAUGCAAAACACUUAUCUGGUAUCCAUCACCAUGGUCAUCGUCGUCGUAUCCAUUGGUGCUGCUUGGCGCCAGCUGGCUGUCGAGGUGUCAGUCGAUGGAAGUUAUGUGCGACUUGCUCUGUGUGCCCUGUUCCCCAUUCAGAUCUUCUUCACGCUAUUCUUCGCUCAGGUCAUUGUCGGUUGUCUGGCACAGAUCUUCGGACCCAUUCGUCAACUUACCAUCAACUCCAAGUUUUACUCUGCCCGGCCUCCACCAAGAAUACAAUCCGGCGUUUUGCCCCAUCUCACGGUCCAGUGUCCCGUCUAUAAGGAGGGUCUCGGAGGUGUCAUUGCCCCAACAGUCAAAUCCAUCAAGCAAGCCAUUAGCACCUAUGAGUUGCAGGGUGGCUCUGCCAACAUUUUCAUGAACGAUGACGGUUUGCAGCUCAUCUCUGAGGAGGAGCGCCAGGCCCGUAUCGAGUUCUAUGCCGACCACAGCAUCGGUUGGGUCGCCCGGCCCAAGCAUGGCGAGAACGGCUUCUUGCGUCGUGGAAAGUUCAAGAAGGCCUCUAACAUGAACUUUGCCCUCAUGAUCUCCUGCAAGGUUGAAGAAAAGCUCGCCCAGUACAACCGCGGCCCCGAGUGGUCCCAAGUCGACGAGGCUCACGCCUACGAGAAGGCCCUCAAGGAGGUUCUUGAGGAGGACGGUCGCGCUUGGGCUGACGGUAACAUUCGUGUCGGUGACUACAUCUUGAUCAUCGAUUCGGAUACACGUGUGCCAGCUGAUUGUCUCCUCGAUGCGGUUUCCGAGAUGGAGCAGUCUCCAGAUGUCGGUAUCAUGCAGUUCUCCUCUGGUGUCAUGCAAGUCGUCAACACGUACUUUGAGAACGGUAUCACCUUCUUCACCAACCUCAUCUACAGUGCUAUUCGUUACACUGUCUCGAACGGUGACGUUGCUCCUUUUGUCGGUCACAACGCCAUCCUGCGCUGGAGUGCCAUUCAGCAGGUCAGCUAUGAGGAUGAGGAUGGUUACGAGAAGUUCUGGUCCGAGAGCCACGUAUCCGAGGACUUUGACAUGUCUCUCCGUCUUCAGUGUUCCGGUUACAUCAUUCGUCUUGCCGCCUGGGCCGGUGAAGGUUUCAAGGAGGGUGUCUCGCUGACCGUGUACGAUGAACUCGCCCGCUGGGAGAAGUAUGCCUAUGGUUGCAAUGAGCUGCUCUUCCACCCGAUCCGCACCUGGCUCUGGAGGGGUCCCUUCACGCCGCUGUUCCGUCGCUUCCUCUUCUCCAACAUUCGCUUCACGUCCAAGAUCACCGUCAUCUCGUACAUCGGUACCUAUUACGCCAUCGGUGCGGCCUGGAUCCUGACGUCGGUCAAUUACUUUGUCAUGGGUUGGUACAACGGCUACCUCGACAAGUACUAUGUCGACUCGUGGCAGGUCUGGUUCUCCAUCAUCAUCGUAUUCAACGGGCUCGGUAACAUUGCUCUGGCCGUCAUGCGCUACCGUGUCGGCGAGCGCAGCCUGCUCGGUUCGCUGUGGGAGAACUUCAAGUGGACGUUCAUGUUGGCCAUCUUCCUGGGCGGUCUCAGUCUGCACGUAUCUCAGGCUCUGCUGGCGCACAUGUUUGAGAUUGACAUGACCUGGGGCGCAACGUCCAAGGAGGCCGAGUUUUCCAACUUCUUCAUCGAGGUUCCAAAGGUUUUGAAAAAGUUCAAAUUCUCCAUGCUCUUCUCGCUCAUCUUCAUCGCGGGUAUGAUCAUCCUUGCCGUCGCACCAUUUGUGCCAUAUGAUUGGCGCAUCACCGACUUUGUCGCCAUUCUGCCCAUGGCCACGGUCGCGACGUCGCACUUUUUGCUGCCGCUUGCGCUGAACCCGGCGCUCAUGACAUUCUCUUGGUAA